AUGCCAAAACCUGGGCCCGCGACAAGGAACGGUAUUAAAGCUCUAGAUUUAUAUUGUCGAAAGACAAACGCCCGCAAUUUGAAGCGGCUGUCAUUGUCAAUUGGAGCUGCUCUUGGGACUAACAAGAGCAUUCUGAGAGAAAAUAUUCUGAGUCAAGCUGCAGCGCUUGAAGAACUUAGGUAUAGACGGCAGAAAAAUGGGACGGUUUCAGUUCUGUCCAUAGAUGCCGGGAUUUCUAAUUUUGCCUUCACAAGGUUCUCUUGGCCGCUUAAUCAAGAGCUGCCCUCGUUGAUAGAUUGGAAGAAGAUUCAAUUGAGGGAUAAGUUCAUGAGCCCAGGCCGCAAAGAGAUGAGCCUACAUCCUGAAGAUACUUCCCAGGUUAUUUAUGAGCUGACUGAAUAUUUAACGACAGAACUUCCCUUACCUGAUGUUUUCACCAUCGAAAGACAAAGAGCCAGAUCCAUGUCCUCUAGGACUAUAUUGGAGCCCAUUCUGAAGGUCAAUAUAUUAGAACAAGUACUUUUCUCCAAUCUUAGGUGCAAGGCAAGGCUGGCAUCGGGCUCGGAAGGCAACUAUCUAGUGGCAUCCUCCGAUCCACAGCGAAUGACAUCCUACUGGUGCAGUCUCACACCUAUCAGAAAGCCUCUAGGUCAGAAUUUCCCCAAGGGAUCUGAAGAGGCACAGAUGAAGAUGUCGUCAAAUAGACUGUCAAAGUCGAUCAAAAUCAACUUAGUUAAAAGAAUUCUCGAGGGCGCACUGGGGUACGAACCACGAAAACUGAUUAGUCUGACACCCAGUUGGGAACAGAGAUUGAGGAGUUUUAUCACAGGUAAUCACAAAUUCAAGCUUUGGGACUGCGCUGUCCUAGGACCAGAUGCCGGUGUUAGAAAAGAUGACGACCUAGCCGACUCUUUUUUACAUGGCUUAGCUUGGAUGGAGUGGCUCAGAGCCUACGAAGAAGUUUUUAACAUUGUGAUGAAGGAACAGGGUAGUUACGAUCAAAAUGUCCUAGCAGAUUUCAAUGAUUAUUGCAAGAACAAAAAACUGGAGUUAGAAAAAUUUCAAAAAGGUACUAGUGACAAUCUUACAGAUCUAGAGCUUGAAGAAAAGUAG